ACAGUCAAGUUGACGCGUCCUUCAUCAGGUUUGAGCAGCGUGACGAAUUCAACCUCUUACAGCUGUUGACAAAGAACAAUAAAAUUAUAUACAAUAUGACAGAGAAUAGGAUGCUGCGCGGUGGUUCAGCACUAUCACAAUGCCAUACCUGUGACGCUGAUUGUGCGGACGGAGACACUCCCAAUGAUUUGCGGCACCGAGACUCAGCCCAGGGAAUACCAGGUGCAAACCCACAGAACAGCUGCACCGAAUUGAGGCGGAUGUCGACCAGCCUGAACUUUUUCAAAUUGUACUCAACUGAGGCUGUCGGGAAUUCAAGGCGGCGUUUAAGUGUUGGAAAUAUCAACAAUCAAUAUGUCAGUCUCCAGCUUGAUGAUGAGCUAAUCAUAAUUAUUUGUAUUGAACUUGUGGCACAAUGUCAAGAUGAUGACUUAUUACCGAUUCGCAUGGUGUUUAGGAAAACGGCGCCAUAUACUGGUACCAUUCGGUCUGCAGCUGUUGACCCAGAGGGCUUUGACUAUUACAUUUAUUAUGACGGAAAGAACCUGACAACCAGGGCCAUAGGAUUUGACAGAACUGAUAAAGGAUUUUAUUUCACGUUGGAGAUUUACAUUGGCAACACAUGGCUACACUGUGACCAGACCGUUCUCGUCGGGAUAAUCAAGCCUUUCAAACAGUCGGACAGCGGAGAAGACAUGGUUAUAUCUGCUGAUUCUGAAAUUGUAAAAGCCGUGAGUUAUUCAACGAGUGGCAUAGAAGAGUUGCUUAACGGCGGAGUCAUCCCUAAAGAGGACCCUAACCCUUGCUUCUUCAUCUGUAAGAAAAUUGGAAAGGGACCCGUGCAUGACAUUCUUUUAAUGUCAUGUGAUCCUCUAGGUCGGUAUCUAGGGGUUGACAAUGACGGACACCUGAAGGUGCUGGAACCCCAAACUGAUCAACCAGAAGCGGACUACAGGUUGCAUUUAAUGUUUAAAGAGUCACUAUCUUGUUCACACUGUUUCCUCUACGACAAGACAGCCGACGUCCUCCCAGUUGCCCCAGUAACUAACUGUAUACACGCUAUACAAGGGCUCAAGAGUAUUCCAACGCCUGGUCUCGGUCUGAAGAUGUUCUCAUGAGUAUAAUUCCGUCCAAUACGUAAUGCGGGUCCGGCGAAAAAACCUACACAGGAUUCUAUGUAACUUUUUUCGUGUCGUACGGCAAUAUUGUGUCCAACUAUACUGUUAGAUGAGACACAUUAGUACCCAGCAUGCACCGCGCUGGCGGAGGUUUUGACCGAUUCAAAGAGUAGGCAGUUUUAUAAAACAUGUAAUGUUACACAGUGUAUGCCUUUUAUCAUUAUUGGCAAUAUAUGUUGGCUAUAUAGCCAUCCAAGGUUUUGUCACGACUGUAAAUAUUGUAAUAUAGAGGAGCCAAAUAAACCAAUAAAACUAAUAUUAGCCAUAUACAUUUAUGUAUAGUUCUGUAUUAAUAAUUGCUUUCCAACUAAUUUUCAUUGGUACUGAUAGUGCCAAUAUUCUCCCAUACUGAACUUCGAGCGGUAUAUCCUCCGUAGCCUCCGCCCAUGCAUUGGGGGACGCACCAUUGUAUUCUCUCUCUGUCACUGUCCUUUUGGACCUCUGUGCGAAAAACGGUGUAUUCCUGUUUCGCCUAUUCCUGUUCCGCCUAUUCCUGUUCCGCCUAUUCCUGUUUCGCCUAAUUCCUUAUUCGCCUAUUCCUGAUUCGCCUAAUUCCUGUUUCGCCUAAUUCCUCUUUCGCGGCCUAUUCCUGUUUCGCCAAUACAAAUGUAUUGCUAACCUCCCCACAGACGUAUAGGAAUAUGAACCGUCCCUUACUGUAUAGUCGAAGAGCAAGAUUUAUAUGUGGUUCAUAUUGAUAGUACGUGGAUAUGUACUGUCCUAAAGAAUUCACUAAUUCGAAUGAUAAUCCUUAAGUUUUAUUCUAUUUGUCAUUGUACUAUGCCCUUUGGUGCGACAAUAAUUAGUCUGAUGAAUGACGAUAUCGUCAUAAGCUGCACGUGAAAUCAUAUAUCAUGAUAUGUAUUUUCAACCUUGUUUGACUUGAUAUGUGCUGUACCUACAUGUAUAUCAUGACAUGGGUUUUACAACUGAUUUUGAUCAAAUAAUUAUGAGAAUGUACAGUAUUAUGUAUUUUUGUCAAAAACUCACGAAUUCCUGUUUUUAUAAAAUAAACGACUGCUUUACUGUACUUAA